AAGUUGAAUUAACUAGUUGUCGAUCGAACGGAGUGCGAACAGCAUCGAAUCGUUUUAAUUCUUAUAAACCAUCUGGGUAAAAAUCGUCAGUGUGAUCUAAAGUUUAUCGAACGGAAGAAGAGAUUUUUUGUUAUUUGAUCUGAAAAAUUACUUUGUCGUUAAUUCGUAUUGACGGCAAAUCGACUCUGAGUGAAUAUCCGAACGAAUAUUAAACUUUAAUGGACAUAAUCUGUGCAUAAAACGAAGAACGUUAAAGUUGACGUACAACUGAUUAAUAAAAAUCGAAGAGACACAAUCACAAACAAUUAUAUAUACCUACCUACCACCUCAACCACCAGAAAAACAGAAAAACAACCGAACCAACAACCAAAGUAUCGAACUAUUAAAAUAUUGUUCCACAGUAUCACAUGUGCUCAGUCAAUGAAUAACGUGAAGACUGUUUGGUAUACAUACACCUUUCACUAAGAAUUUCGAUUGGCUAUUUAACCAAAUUAACAACUUAUUGAUUGUUCGAUAUUACGAUCAUUCGUGUUUAGUGAACUAAAAGUGAAGGUGUUGCUUUGCAUUCCGUACAAUUUGAUCGUUGCUCCGCAAAAAUAAUUUUUUUUUAUUAGACACAAUGAAGACAGUGAAUAUUUUAUACGUUGCGCUCCUGGUGGCUGUUAUCACAAUUGCACAAUGUGAAGAAGAAGCGCCAAAGAAAACCAGCGCUCUACUUCGAAGAGCAGCCGGACGUAAUACUUUCACGAAGACAACUACCACUACCUCACCACCACUUCAAGAUGAAUAUCAAGACGAAAUCGAUGAAAAUGGCGAAUAUAUCGAUGAUCAAGGUGCAAUCGAAAACGGCGAUGCAUCCACAACCACAACGACAACGGAGCCAGCGAAAAAAAUUGGUCCAAUCAUUCGGCCAUUCCGUAGUAACGACGAUUUAUUGAGCGCAUUGAAACGGCGCCAACAAAACAUGAAGUCGAUCAAGAAAGUUACAUCGAAGCCGUACGUAGAGGAGGAACAAGAGAAGGAAGUGGCUCCAGUUUCGCCGUCCAAAUUGAAUGCAAACAACAAACCAAUCGAUCGUCAUUCGAUAAAUGCGAAGAAGAAUCGUUUCGGCGGUGGCAGAGUUUCAAGUGUAGUAGCAUCUGAACAGCACGACACACAACCACCUGCUGAAGAAGUAACACCGCAGCCAACAGUUAAACGGCCUGCAAGAUCUCGAUUCGGAUUCAAUAGGAGCAAUUAAGAUCACUUGAAGAGUCGAAAUUUUUCCUCGUUUUUAAUUGGUUCUAUUUGUGUUGUGUAAAAUUUAAGGGAAAAAAAAUAUUUAUUUGGAUACAAAAUCCACACUAUGCACUCUAAAUAGUUUAUUUUUUGCUUGUGAUGAUAUCAAACUACAUACGGUAGUGUAUUUACAUAAAAUAAUCUACAUUCUUUCUCCUACUCUCUUUCUGCUACUUUCUCCCUUUCUAUUUGUCUUUGCGAAAUUCUAAAUUUUAAAGAAGAAAUUUUUCUGCUCUUCACUUCCUUCGCAUUUACACCGUUUAGCUCUCUGUUUACUUUACAAAAGUGGAACAUGUGGAAAGAGUUUUCAUUGUUUGACAGUAAACGGUGAGGUAAUCGGAGUGACUGCGUUUUAAUCCACACAUAUUUUCUAUUUAAAACUCUGUUAAUCUAUCUCUCUCUCUCUCCCUUCCUCUGUCAUUGACUCUCUGGUAAUCUGAAAUCUUACGCAAAUUAAGCAAAUUAGAAAUUUUGUUCUUCCGUUUCUUUUCUAUAGUGUUUAAGGAUACUCCUAUGAUUUUAAAAUUCAUUUGUGUUAAAUAUUUAUGUUUUUUUUUGUAAUCUGUCAUGUAUUGAGCAUUUUAUGUGAUUUACAAUUAAAUCGUUUUCGUACAAA